AUGGGAAAGGGAAGUGCUAAGGGCAAGAAAGGCAGCGCAGCCGGCUGCCCGGGCAGCCCCGAAGAGAAGUGUGUAUCGGAAGAAGUGCAACCCCGACAUUAUGUGUAUGUCGGCAAAGUCCCAGCCACGGGUGCAGAAAAUCCCGGAGCGACGAAGGGCAAGCACACCAAAGGAUGCAAGGGGGCCAUGAAAGGGGAUGCUGAAAAGGGCAAAGGCAAGUCUUCGGGAAAGGCCGCGGACAAAGGAAAGGGAAACAAGGGAGACACACCCAGCGGUUCCUCUCCCCCAAAUACUUGUGGCAAAGGACGCGGAGACUUUGAGACACCCACACCCAAGCGGCGCAGCACCGAAUGCUUGGCAUCAGGCACACCGCCAACCAGGCCGAACCCGAAUGCAUCCCCAACCCACGCGCCGAACGACCCGAAGCUAGCAGGCACGGGUACCCCCAAGGGCCACGGUUGCAAGGGAAGCAAUAAAGGUGGUGAGGAGCCGGCUCAGAUUGGCACGAAGGGUGUCAAAGGUGCCGGUGUGGAUCAGGGUGCCAAGGAUGCCUUGGAUCAGAACGGCAAAGGCAAGAACGGUACCGCGAAGGGAGCUGUGCAUCAGUCCGAUGGCAAAGGCUCCAAUGCCGCCGAUGUCGUGGAUCAGAGUGGCAAUGGUUCGAUGGCUAAGGGCAAGGGCAAGACAGGCAAAGGCAUUAAGGGCCCCGCUGAGGAUCAGAAUGCGGGUACGCUUGGUGCCGUGGAUCCGAGUGCCUUUAAAAAAGGCACUAAGGGCACCGCAAAGGGUGCGGUGGAUCCGAGCGCUAAGGGCGCCGUGGAUCCGAGUGGCGCCGCGAAGGGUACCAAAGGUGCUGUCAAGGGUGGCUUGGAUCAUAAAGGCAAAGGCAAGAAGGGUACCGCAAAGGGUGCCCACCAGUCGGGUGGCAAAGGCUCGAACGGCGCCGAUGCUGUGGAUCCGAGCAGAGACACCAUGGAUCAGAUGUCUGGCAAGGACAAGAAGGGUGAUCAGGCUGGCAAGGGCAAGACGAAGUGUGAUCAGCCUGGCAAGGGCAAGACGAAGUGUGAUCAGCCGGGCAAGGGCAAGACGAAGUGUGAUCAGCCUGGCAAGGGCAAGACGAAGUGUGAUCAGGCUGGCAAGACGAAGUGUGAUCAGGCUGGCAAGGGCAAGACGAAGUGUGAUCAGGCUGGCAAGGGCGAGAAGGGUGCCACACAUCAGGAUGGCCAGCAGAGCAAGGCCGCGCUCACGGAUGAGGAGCGAAAGCAUAUUCAGGCCCUCAGUGGACCUGGCGACAUCCCACUAGUGCAGCGCAAAGCCGUGAAUGAAGCGUUGCGACGAAGAAUGAAGAGCGGCCAAGGCCUGAGGAAAGGGCUCGUAGCCCAAUGGGCGGCGACUCCCCCGAACUCGAUGGCUCGGUUCGAGUUCUUGAAAGCAUUCCUCCUCGACCGAGAGGGCCUCGCUUCGAUCACGGUCGAGCCCUUUUACGAAGAGCUCUCGGAGAAUAAAGACAAGGAGACAUAUACGGAGAUGCCUCUUUGUCUCAUCAAAGAGAAAUACGAGAAACUACCGGGAGGACCUGCCUUCAUUCAGUCUAUCGUGGACAGCCAGGCUGGAAAAAAACACCCCCAGUUCGACUCCAAGGACAUGGUCAUCUAUAAAGUCUUUGACUCCAUCAAAAGUAUCAGUUGCUCGGUUGCUGUCAGUUUAAUUGGAGCUGCUCAUAGCACUGCACUUGUCAGUACGCACGAUUACGUAGCUCAGGUUCCAACGUCAGCCGAGUUGGCAAUCGAACCAGUGCCAGCAUGUCGCCCUCAAACAACAAAGCGGAGAGACAAGCGAUGGCCGAAGUUUUGCAAGCAAGAGUUGCGGGCAUGA